AUGAAAAAACACUUAUCGACAUCAGACUCUAAUUUGGUUCCAAAAAGAUUAAGUGAUACACGUUGGUCAGUCAGAGCGGAUGCUACAAAAGCUUUAUCUUUAGGAUAUAGUUGUUUUCGAAAUGCUUUAGAAGAGCUUAUAACUGAUAAUAGUCAGAAACAAACAAUUAGAGUGGAAGCUCAAUCUUUGGCCAACUCAUUGAAUAAGCUGGAAAUUGCGAUUAUUUGUGAAAUUUGGAACGACAUUUUACAAAAAUUUAAUGCUACAAAUAAAAGCUUGCAAAAUGUCAAUAUUGAUUUAGAAACUAUGGUAAAAUUGUAUAAUUCUUUAAAGAAUUAUCUCUUGAAUCUUAGAACAACGGAAAACUUUCUGAAUUUCGAAAAAAGCGGUAUAGAAAAAUCUGGUUGUGAGGAGUACAAUUUGAGAAGUAAUCGGAAAAGGAAGCGCCACUUUGACGAAGGUGCAGAAGCUGAGACUGUCGUCGAUGCCAGAAAUUCAAUGAAAAUCAAAGUUUAUCUUCCAAUUUUAGACAAUCUUAUUAACGCCCUCGAAAAAAGAGCGGCGAGCUAUAAGUAUCAUUCGGAAACAUUUGGAUUUCUAAAUAAACUACAACUCUAUUCUGAAUUUGGAAAUGACCAACUAAGAGUUUGCGCAAAAAAUCUAGUGGAAAUAUAUAAUUGCGAUUUGGAGGACGAAUUUACUGAAGAAAUCAUUCAAUUUAGAUACUUUAUCCAAAAUGAAGAAUUUUCUUCCAAUAUUCCACUUUCAGUAUCAUAUUUAAAGUUAAUACGUGAAAAUAAAAUUCAAGCUACUUUCCCAAACGUCGAAGUGGCAAUAAGGAUAUAUCUUUGUUUAGCUUUAACGAACAGUAGCGGUGAACAAUCAUUUUCAGCAUUGAAGAGAGUAAAGAAUGCUUUUAGGUCAACAUUAGGCCAAGAAAAAUUAAACAAUCUCUCUAUUUUAAAUAUUGAAUCGUAA